AUGUCUCGUGUCCUACUUUUCCUCAUCUUUUCGUUGGUGGCUUUGGUUGGAUCAAUUAAUGGACUAACGCCGUGUGGAUCAACUCCCACAGCUCCUAAUUGGAAGAAUCAGAUGGAAUCCACCGAGGAAUCGCAACGUGAAUUGGGAAGGAUGGGUUUGGAGUGCAACACCGAAGGGUACACAGGUGGUUCGGGUUCGGGUUCGGUCUCUGCUGCCAGUGCUGUCUUCGGACUCUUCGUCUUGCUUUUCAUUAUAUUUGGUGUCGCCGCGGGGAUCUGAUGCGUGUGUGUCCAGAGGCAAAAGGCUAUAAACGCAGCCAACAUCAAUAACUUUCCAGGUCAAGUGGUAGGAGCUCAGGUGGCUCAUGAAACUGAUCUCAAGACCGUUCAAAAGGGAGAAGCUGGUUAUAAAGUUUGA